AAUCCCUUUUUCCCCCGUAGAGAGCCAAAGGAGGAGGGGCGGUGCAUAACAAAAAGUAAUGGCCAUCUAUUUGGGUCCCGAAGAAGGAGGAUUAGCCUAUUUCUUGUCGCACUGCUGCAGGUGUGCUCACGAUUUAUGUGUAUUAGCUACCCGUUAGCCGAGUUUUUUUUCCCGUGGGGAGUUGGCGAGUCGCGCGCAGACAGCGGCUAAUUACGCGACCGAAGUCUCAGCCGCGUUGAGGGUUAAAGCAGGCAGCUAGCCACGCUAAUGCUAGCUACUACAACCCACCCCGUGUGUGCGUAUAUCCGUGUGUGUGCGUGUGCCAGCGUCUGGAAGGGCGUACGAGUUUGACGUUUUCUCCCCGAAGUGUUUCUUGCAUUUCUCGAAGUGUACCGUCUCUGGUCGUAUUUUCCUUUUUAUUUUUUGUUUUUGUAAGUUGCACAAUAUGAAGGAGGACACGCGCUGCAAGAGCACGAAGACGGCGAACCACAACUAAAGAGGAUUAAAAAGCUGCUCGAUCUACAUGGGGAAAAGUUGAGCUGAGGAUUAACAACCCGGGAAAACGGAAGAGAGGUUUCGAGUUUUACAAUCUGUACGAGGACAUGUUAAAACCUCAGUGAUGGAGUCUACCGUUGUGAGUACAUCCACCGUGGCCCCCGAUGAGUUUGAUAGGAAUAUGCCACGCAUCUGUGGAGUGUGCGGUGACAAGGCCACAGGCUUCCACUUCAACGCCAUGACCUGUGAAGGAUGUAAGGGCUUCUUCAGGCGCAGCAUGAAACGCAAGGCCUCCUUCACGUGUCCCUUUAAUGGCAGUUGCACCAUCACCAAGGACAACAGGCGUCACUGCCAGGCAUGCCGGCUCAAACGCUGUGUGGACAUUGGCAUGAUGAAAGAGUUCAUUCUGACAGACGAGGAAGUUCAGAGAAAGAAGGACCUGAUUCAGCGAAGAAAGGACGAGGAGGCACAACGUGAAGCAGAAAAGGAAGCAAGGAGACCGAGACUCACAGAUGAACAGAGUCACGUCAUCGCUACCCUGGUGGAGGCACACCACAAAACAUACGACGACUCCUACUCUGAUUUCUGCCGCUUUCGGCCUCCUGUGCGCGAGGGCCCAGUGACGCGAAGCGCGAGCAGAGCUGCCUCUCUCCACUCCUUCUCUGAUGCCUCCUCCGACUCUUUUAGUCACUCUCCAGAGUCUGUCGACACAAAAAUGAACUUCAACAACCUGCUGAUGAUGUACCAGGAACAUGGCAACAGCCCGGACUCUAGUGAGGAGGAAGGCUCCAGCUUCUCAAUGCUUCCCCACCUGGCUGACCUGGUCUCUUACAGUAUACAGAAAGUGAUUGGCUUUGCCAAGAUGAUUCCUGGUUUCAGGGAGCUAACUGCAGAGGACCAGAUUGCUCUGCUCAAGUCCAGCGCCAUCGAGGUGAUCAUGCUGCGGUCGAAUCAGAGCUUCAAUCUGGAAGACAUGUCCUGGAGCUGCGGUGGGCCCGACUUUAAAUACCAGAUCAGUGAUGUCACCAAAGCGGGUCACACCCUGGAGCUGUUGGAGCCGCUGGUGAAGUUCCAGGUGGGCCUGAAGAAGCUGAACUUACAUGAAGAGGAACAUGUACUGCUGAUGGCCAUCUGUUUGCUCUCUCCAGACCGUCCAGGUGUGCAGGAUCACGCGAGAAUCGAAUCCCUCCAAGACAAGCUGUCUGAGACCCUGCAGGCCUACAUCCGCCUCCACCACCCGGGCGGACAGCUGCUGUAUGCCAAGAUGAUCCAGAAGCUGGCCGACCUGCGAAGCCUCAACGAAGAGCACUCCAAACAGUACCGCUCACUGUCCUUCCAGCCGGAGCACAGCAUGCAGCUCACCCCGCUGGUGCUGGAGGUGUUCGGCAGCGAGGUCUCUUAGGAUCCUCCGCUGAACGUCAGCGGGGGUAAAAAUGGAGGGAGCGAGCUGAGAAUGUGCUGGAGGGACUUAAAGCUGAUGUGGAGUAUGGAGCAAGUGGAGCAGAGAAAGUGCAGCGUGCGUGCGUGCGUGUGUGUGUGUGUGUGUGUGUGUUAAUGUGUGUCUUCAUGUCUGCGACGUCUGAAGAAGUGCGUCUUGGUCCAAAGGCCAAGCAGGUGUGGAGAGCAGGCAGAUGUUAAAUAACACAAUAAACAAGGGAAUGUCACGUAGUACAAACUAAGCUAUCCAUAGGACAUUUGCCUAUAUAUCUAUUUACUUGUUUUUCUACUUAUUUAAGACAAAACAGCUGCUUUAAAAUACCUGGACAGUCUGUGCGUGCACGUUUCGUGUGCCCACACUUUUCACAACAAGCAUCCUCAGUUACACGUUUAGCCAUUCAGUUCAGCUACCUCUUUGUUUUACCGGGUUGUUUUAUAACUACAUCACCUCUGUGAAAGAGUCACUUUUACACAGAUCAGUUUGGAUACCGCACCGUUUUAGUUUACCAGUGCAAAAGCAGUGCCUGCACACAACUUUGAAUCUUUGAAUCAUCUGGAAAUCAUGUUUUUUUUUUUUUUUUUUUUUUUUUUUUUGUCCUGUGUGUAUUUGUCUGCUUCUCUCCAAGGCAACAUAUGAACAUGACUGUGUACAAUUUAAACACAUGCCUUUCAACCUUUCACCAAAGGUCUAGUCAAAUAAUCUAGAAACCGCUUCCAUUACCUGAAAAUAACCGCUGCUCCAUGGUUUGCUUUCCUCGUGCAGCCGCUCUGCGCGAGGACUUCGAUGAAGGAAAAUUUCAUUAUACAGAGUCUGCAGAGUCCAGAGCAUAGUCUGUAAUUUAGGGACUUUUUGAUAGGACUUUAACAAGGUGGCUGGGUCUGAGGUGAGAAUUAGCCACUAAAUGUAUUAGCUACUUUUACACUGCUAAUUAUCAAUCGAACCAGGAGUUGUAAAUGGCUUGUAACUCCUCAAAGUAUAUUUGACUAAUCUUCGGUUUGAUUGUCUAUUUCUAUGUUUAUAAUUACUGCUAUGUCAUAUAUUCUAAGCACUGUUAAGCUACCCUGUGCAUCCAGUGUAUUAUCACAGAUGUCUAAAGGGCUAACAUGCCAAACCUAACUGGAACAGUAAGCGGAGGCCAAAGCAAGGGGCCUGUCUUCUUGUUUAUAUAUAGCUGCAUACCAUACUUGGACUUGGCAUAAAUAUGGAUAUAAUUGCAAUAGAUUUUUUGUUUAGUUAGUUUUUGUGCGUUUUGUCUCGUUUCGCCUAUAAAAAAACCAAUUCCAUGAAUUGUUCCUAUCCAGUAUACCGUCAGCUCAGAGGGUGGAGACCCUUUGAAGCUACUCCGGACCUCCACAAAUAUCGCACCCCUUUCGUUUCUGACUGGGAAGUGGAUUUUCUAGAAUGUCUGAGGGCCUGGUAGUUGCAGUGGUGCUGUGCACCUCCACAGCUUGGCCCUCCCGUUUGAUGUUGUAUGCUGCGCAGCCCUCUAGUGGCUGCAUUCUGUAAAUACCAGGUAUAUAUAUAUAUAUAUUUACAUAUAUAUUAUAGAUAUAUAACGUCUGCCGCUGUACAUAGGGCUACAAGAAUCCUGAAGACUUUUUUUCCACCCCAGAAAGAAAUAUGCAAACACAAUUUGUUUCUGAUUUAUUAACACUUUGUUUUGAAACACUCUGUUCUGUGUUUUUUUUUUUUUUUGCUUUGGGCGUAUCCUUUAGUAGGAAAGAUCAAGAAAUGGCUAAAACGGGGAUUGCUUGUGUGUUGGACUGAUUAUCAUCUGUGUAGUGUGGUGUCACUUUCCAAUGUUAAUUUUUAGCAAGAGGAUAAGCUGCUCUCGCGUAUAAGCCAUAUAAAUUGCCAAGUUAGUUACCUGCUAUAUUAAAGUGCAUCAAACUGAUGUGUUUAGAGCCUUGGGAAUUAUGUCCUGAGCUAAAAUGGUAUUUACAUAUGACUUUAGGAACAUAAGCUUGUAUAUUUAUAGGAACCUGCCUCCUCUCUGCUGUCGGUCAUCUUUGGCUAAUGCUUCAUCAGACACCAUCUAACGACAUAUAAACCAAACUGCCAAGAAACUUUAAGCAUUUAAGAAUUGGGGCCAGUGUUGUGAGGCGACGUGCGGGAUUUAGACGUUCCCAUAGAAGAUGGCGCGUCUUUUAUGUUGAAGCACUUCUCCAAAGAAGUAAUUUUCCCCCCUUUCUGACAAGUGAUUUAACCCCAGAGAACUUUGCAGACCAACAAAGGAAAGAAUAAAUGUCUAUUAUUUUGCUGUAGACCAGUUAGAAUAGUCCACCCCCCCCCCCAUACCCCAUGUCCAGCGUAAGGGCCUUGGAAAAUUAUCCAAAAUCCUUGCACUUCUUCGGAUUUUGUCACGUUACCAACACAAACUUCGACUUAUUUCAUUGGGAAUUUAUGUGACGAACCAACGCAAAGUUUAACGUAUUUGUGAAGUGAAAAAAAAUGUUUGACAGGACAAAUCUGUACCGAAUUCCUUGUACGCUAAUUCCCCUCAAACAAAAUCCAGUGCUCCUGUAUUUAGCUCGCUCCAUUUUCCCAUCAGCCCCUACAGGGCUCCCGUGUCCCAUGGCGGAGACGAGCAUUCCCACAGCAUGAUACUGCCACCACCUUUCUUCACCAUCAGGAUGCCGUGUUCAGGGUGUAAGUUGUCCACCACUGUGUAGCAUUUUCUAUGUCACAAGAGCACCUUCUGCCACGUUUUCUGCUCUCUACUUUCUUUCCACUUCACAAUUGCGCACUAUUUUGUGUUGAAUAAAUUGAAGUUUGAGUUUGUAAGCUGACAAAACAAAAGGGGUACAAAGACUUCUUCCUUUUUAUCUCGGUAGGUAAAUAUAACGAUGUAAGGAAGGUGGGGAAAGACGAGAUCUCACAUUUAUUGGAGAGCCGUCUCCAUAUCACAACACAUAAGAAGUGGUUGCUUCGGUCGGUUCGGACCCGUUUUCAAAUCCCCGCGCUCUUCUGAAGACUGUUGUUACGCCACUGUGACUUUGUUUUAACUUUUCAGUCACUGUGACGCUCCGCGAGCUGACAGUCAGGGCUCCACUCAAACAACUUUCAUAGCACAAGAUAAAAUCACCAUUCCAUAUUCCCAUACUUAAAAAAAUACAAACCGGUAUUCAAUUUGAUGUGCCCUGCAACAGACCCUGCCAUGAUUGGACUUUUUAGGGGGUUAAAGCUAGAUUGUGUGUAGGCAGUACCACUUGUGCGCGUGUGUGAAGAGGGUGUGUGAGGACGUGCUUGGUUUCUCAACACUGGCUUUUGAGAAUUUGAAAGUCUCCAAGUUCAUUUUUUUCCCUCCCUGUAUGUUUGUAUGUUGAUGCGCGUUUGAUUUGGUUCCGUUUCUUAUUUAGUUUUGAGACGCAGUGUUGAUUUGUGUAGGCCUGGUAGCGUGGGAGGAUCAGUGAAUGUGUAAGUGCCACAGGGAGAGUUUCCUCCGCAACAAGAACAGGGUAACAGAGGAGUUGCACUUGUGGAUUUGACAACCGAACAGGAAAGCUCGCAAGGAUGUAUUACAGCCACUAAUUGAACACUAAUUGGGCAUAAUGUAAUGUGGUGUUAUUCUGUGCCAUUAAAUAUCUGAUUAGAUGCUA